CAUGCCGCAUUUGUAGUGACUUUUGGAAAGUGCUGUGAAAAAAUUGUAAUUUUUUAUACAAAAUACGGAAAAUAUUCAAAGAAAUUAUUGAAAUAAAUAAAAUUUAAUAAGCAUAUUAUAACGUACAAUAGGAAUUCUAUGAAAUUUCUAGUUAUUUAAAGUUGAAAAAAGCAUACAAAGAUUAGUGCAAAAAAAGCUUCCGCCCUUCUACAAAGAAUAGAAAUCGUGAAAAAAAAUUUGCACUGAUAUAAUAAAUACGCGUGGUAGUUGAAUAAAAUUAAUUAAUUAUUAAAGUAUGGGUGAUUUUGGUGGUCCAGCAGCAGCACAAAAUAAUAUAAAUCAAUCGCAAGCAUUUGCAGCGGCUUUACAACGAGCAAAACAGAUUGCCGCUAAAAUACAGCCAAAUCCACAGCAAGCAAGUAGCGGUGCCGCUAGCAUUGCUGGAGCAGUCGGCUUUAAACGUUCUCUAGACGAUUCUGACUCGGGACCAGAAAACAAACGUUUCACUAGUCCGGAUGCUAAUGAUUACGGUCAUAAUAGCAAUUCCAAUAUGAGUAGUGGUGGUGGUGGUGGCGGUUCAUCUGUCGCUGGUGCGGGUAAUAUGACACAGGCCAUUGCACAAGCGGCGGCUGUGGCAGCACGCUUAGCUGCAAGUGCAGGCAAUACAUGUGAAGAACAAGUACGCAUUCCCGAUUGUCUUAUGAGCGCCUUUUAUGGUCGUGGCAGCAACGAUACUAUUUCUCACAUACAAGGCGAUUCUGGUUGCAAGGUUCAGAUGGGCCAAGCCGAGGGUGAUCGUGUUAUAACAUUAAGAGGCUCUCGAGAAUCCGUGACCAAGGGCCGCGAAGUUAUGCAACAAUUAUCCAAUCGUAAUGGUGGUGGCAAUGUUGAAGUAGUCUUAACUAUCAAUAUGCCUCCACCAGGACCCACGGGCUAUCCACCUUAUCAGGAAAUCAUGAUACCGGGUACCAAAGUAGGUUUAGUCAUAGGCAAGGGUGGUGAUACCAUCAAACAGUUACAGGAAAAAACCGGAGCCAAAAUGGUCAUCAUACAAGAUGGACCCAAUCAAGAAGUCAUUAAACCCCUACGCAUUUCGGGUGAUCCCCAAAAAAUUGAACAUGCUAAACAAUUAGUUUUGGAACUAAUAGCACAAAAAGAUGCUCAACAACAACAACAGCAGCAGCAACAGAACAACAACCGUACCAAUAUGGGUGGUAAUGGUGGUGGUGGUGGCGGUAUGGGAGGCGGUGGUAAUGGUCCCAACAAUGGUGGGGGAAAUUAUAAUAAUUUCGGUGGCGGUAAUGGCGGCGAACAAUGUGAAGUAUUCGUGCCGAAAAUAGCUGUAGGUGUGGUAAUUGGCAAGGGCGGUGAUAUGAUACGGAAAAUCCAACAAGAAUGUGGUUGUAAACUACAGUUCAUACAAGGCAAAAACGAUGAGCCUGGUGAUCGUAGAUGUCUGAUACAGGGUUCAAGACAACAAGUAGAUGAUGCCAAACGUAUGAUUGAUGGUUUAAUUGACAAUGUCAUGCAAAGAAAUCGUAAUGGUAAUGGAGGAGGUGGCGGCGGCGGCAAUGGUAGUGACAAUGGCAAUUCCAAUUAUGGUUAUGGCUAUGGUGUUAAUCAUGCCCAACAACCAGCUCGCGAAGAGAUUACAUUCAUGGUACCAGCAUCAAAAUGUGGUAUUGUUAUUGGACGUGGUGGUGAAACUAUUAAAUUAAUUAAUCAACAAUCUGGUGCCUAUUGUGAAAUGGAUCGUAAUGCUUUAAAUCCGCCAUCAGAAAAACUCUUCAAAUGCAAAGGCACCUCCGAACAAGUAGAAGCUGCCCGGCAAAUGAUUGCUGAAAAAAUUAAUAUGGAACUGCCGAUUAUCAAUCGUAAAUCCAUUAAUGGUGGUCCACCAAAUCAACAAGGUGGUGGAGGCGGCGGUGGUGCCGGUUAUAAUCCCAAUGAUCCAAAUGCUGCUGCGGUUGCUUAUCAACAACAAUGGGCUGCUGGAUAUGGACAAGCCGGUGGUUGGGGAGAACAGGCCCAACAACAGCAGGCUGCUAGUAUGGGCCAAGGAGCCCCUGGUGCAGGAGCACAGUCUGCAGAUUAUUCAACACAGUGGAUAGAGUAUUACAAAUCAAUGGGCAUGCAACGAGAAGCUGAAAUGAUUGAACAACAGUUGAAAGCUAAACAAGCUACUGCUGCGCCUCAACCUCAGCCUCAAGCUCAACCCGCUGCACAACAAGCUGCUCAAUCUGCCGGCCAGCAGUCACAAGACUACAGUGCCCAAUGGGCUGAGUACUAUCGUAGCAUAGGAAAAAUCGAAGAAGCUGAAGCAAUUGAAAAACAAAUGAAGGGAGGCCAACCUAGCUCUGGAAAUCCCGGUGCAGCUGGCAGUAGUGCCCCUGGUGGUGCACCUGGAGCCCCUGGCGCUAAUCCUGGCGGACCAGCCGCCCCUGGAGGUGGUUAUCCACAAGGUAUGACCCCUAGCCAAUAUGCUCAAUAUUCACAAUAUUAUGCCGCAGCUGCUGCGAAUGCGGGAGGAUAUCCCCAACCUGGUGGUUAUGCUGGCCCCGGAUCAGCUGGUGGCUAUGGAGCUCCAGGAGGUUAUCCCGGAGCUCCACAACCACCAGGCAGUGGUCCCAGCCAAGGUGGUGGCAACAAUCAGAAGAAAGGAGACAAACAUUAAAACCCCCCAACUCACUCACCCCCCCAUAAAAACAACAGACGGACGACCCAAUACUAGAGAAGUCUGGAGAUAUGGAUUUUUUUGUUCAAACCCCCCUCAUUAAUGCUUUCAGUUUUCAUAUAAAAAAAGACCUUCUAUACAAAUAAAAAAAGUCAAGUCUCUCUCUAAACAAACAAAUAAUUAUAAAAUAUUUAAAAUGAAAUUUUGUAAAUCUACGAAAGAGUGUAUUGAGUGUGUGGACGUGUUUGGUUUGAUGUAAAGAAAAAAAAAACAAAAAACAAAAUCAAUACUUACUUGCAUUAUCAAUUUAUUUGAUUUGAUUUUCAUUCUUUAGUUUUUAAGUGUAAUAUUUCUCUUUAAUAUAGUUUAUAUUAUUAAUGAUGAUACACAAACAGCAAGAGUUUUUAACCAUAAUAAGAAAGAAAACAAUUUAUUAAUAGUGUGUUAGUUAUAUUUACAUUUACUAUAACGAUAACAAAUUAAUUUAUAUAAAUAUAAAAAAGUAAUUACAUAUUAAUAACAUUAUCUUUACAACAACAACAACUAAUACUACUACUACUUAUCAGGAAUGUUAAAUUCAAAAAAAAGUAAUAUACAUACAACAAAAGCAAGAAAAAAAUUAUCUAAAAACGGCCGUUUUUAAGUUAGGUUUAUUAUAACUAUACACACACCUUAGAUAAUAGAUGAUAAUGAUUUCUUUUAUUAUUGCAAAGAAGUCUAUUAAAUAAAAAACAAAAGCUUCCUUUUUUAUUUCGUUUUUUCAAAAUAAUAAAACUAUAACAAAAUAUUUGUGUAGCUUUAAAUUUUAAAUUAUAAUUAUUAUACUUUUUUUUAUAAUAUACAUACAAUUAAAAAAUAAUAAAAAAAAAAUAAUAAACCCCAA